UGUAGCCCUAAAUUGCGGCGUCGUUUGAAAGAAACUGUAAACUAUUACUAAUACCAGCACAAUCAAUAAACGGAACGCACAUAACGCAAUAGGAAAGGAAUUAAAACAAACGCAGCAAUCGAAUUUUGACCAUACAAGUCCCUGUUUCGAUCAUUGCUUCGUUCUUCGUUGCUAGUUGCUUUUGACGCCCACAAGCCAUGACACUGCCGCGCUCGGAGACGCCGCUGCGUCGUUCCGCGGUGGGCAGCUUCCGCGAGAGUAUGGCCCGGGAGGUGACCGUGGUCAAUGAUGACGAAGCGGAGCGACAGGAGGCCCGACGACGCACACUGAUUCAGCAUCAGCAGAAGCGCCAGAGCACACUGGAGUCCAUUGAGGACAACGAGACCAUCCGGUCCUGCCUGGAAAUCUACAACGGCAACAAGCUGAGCAAAGACAACGCCUGGAGCCUGACACUCAUCGACUCGUUGGCCAAUCUGCUCGACCAUCAUCACAAGCGGAUGAGCAACUUCAAGAUGGCCGGGUCAUCGCUGGAGGCCUCUUCAAAAGUCUACGGCCUGCGUGUGGACUCCAUCUACAUGGAUGCUAUGCGCAUUUCGGCAGGUUUGAGUGCCCGCACGCUCACGGACAAGCAAAUGGAAGAUGCCGAGGAUAAUGAGGGUCCGGAGUCUGGGCAACCGGCUGGCGGUGAUGGUGAAGAUGCUGGGCGAGUCCAAAAAGAGGCAGCUCCUAAGCCGAAGAAGCAAAAGAAGAAUGUGUCCACUGUAACCAAGAACAAGGACACACUGAACGCUCGAUUAGACACAGCGCCGCUGCAGGAUCCGGUGUUUGGCAAGCUGAACUCCACUGUAGGGUCCAUUAACGCUUCCAAUCGCCUGAUGCACAACAUCCUGCCCAGUUUGGACUCGGAACUAAGGUUGCGCACCACCUAUAUGUUCUGGGAUGGCGAAGAAGAGCCAACCGAGGAGGUGAAGGACCACACCACAGCAAAUGCGAAUGAGGAAUCAGAGCAGUGGUCCAAUGAAUCGCUGAUGAGCGCGGAUUGGGUGCAAGAUCUGAUGCCCGAUGUUGAUGACUUGGUUCUGCGACCUCUGCACACGGGCUAUAUCAUCACAAGUGAUCCUAAUCCGCGAGCCCCUACCGAUAAACCAAAAGAUCCCGAAUCGGAUGAAGACGACAACCGUGACUUUGGCCUUGAUGGCGCCGAAGAUCUGUGCCCCCAUCCCAAUGAGCUUUCCAUGGCAUUCGACAUCAAUGGUGAGUGUGAACCCAUGCCGGACUUAGACGGGCAACCACCAUUGGUUCUUGAGGUGGACUGCAAUGAGCUGGAUGAGCUCACGACGGAGGAGCAAGUGGCAAUCAACAAUUGCCGCCGUUUGCGUAAGCAGGCAGAGUUUAUCGAGGAUCUGCGGCCGGUCGAUGGUUCCUCCAAGCUGGAAUAUUCAUAUCGCCCUAUGGCCGAGCAGAUCUCCCAGUUUUGGGCAGGACCCUCGCACUGGAAGUUCAAACGCACGCGCCAGCGUAGCACCCUUUUCCAGGCCAAUGGCCAGGUGGACUCACAGUCAGGCCUGGCUAUUCAGCGACCGAAAAAGUCGGCUCAGUUGGCCGCGAAGCGAAGGGCCAAGGCAGUGGCCUAUGGAAACUUUACAGAGAACUUAUUUCAGACUCUGGAUUCGACUGUAAAGCAGCGUAAGGUAAACUUCCAGAAGAAGUGGGAUUCCCGCAAAUUGAUGCUACCCACAAAGUUUGACAUUGAUCCGGACUUCUUCUUCAAAUAUGAUUCGGCGCCGAGUAUAAAGUUGUCUCGGCAUUGUGGCAAGCCGGACUCCGAUGAGGGCGAAGAUCUGGGCAUGGACAUGGGUGAUGGGGGCCCGCAUCAUGACGAUGUGGACAACGAUCCCGACUUAUUUGGUAACGAACACUUCACUGCGGCAGUCCCCGCCAAUGUGAGCGUUAUGCCGGCUAUGGGAGACGAGGCUUGUCUCGGCGAAGGAUUGGUGGAUGUGGAUCCUAGUCAGAUUAACGCUAGCAUAAGGGACGCUUGCAACAACACAGUGUUUGAGAUUGGCACAGAAUUUGAGGGGGCGCCGACGCAGGUCACCAAAGUUAUUGUUCCAUUUGCGAAGCGUGCCAAGGUAAUAGACAUGAAGAAUCUAAAAAAGAGCUGCAAUUCGCUGAUUCAGAAACAACUUUUAAACGUUGUGCCUGAAGAGACGAUACCCUCGCAUCCAGUGCCGAAGAACGAGAACUACUCCAAGGGUAUGGCUAGUUUCAAUGAAGUGUACAACAAGCUGCCCAACCUGCUGACCACCAAAAUGUCGGAUUCGCUGUCCACGUCGGUUGCCUUUUAUGCGGUUCUGCACUUGGCCAACGACAUGAAGCUGCGCCUAAUUCCACAGAAGAACUUGGAGGACUUUCAAAUACGACAAGUCUUGGACUAAAUUACUUGUAUAGCUACGUUUAUAUGAGCUUAAUGUGGUAGUUUUAAAUCCCUUUUAUCAGUGUCGAGCUCCCAGUGUGGUUGCUGUUUUAUAUCUCUAAAAUGUUUAUUUUAAACUCAUCGACCCGUAUCAGUAUUCCCGAAACAAAACCCCUCAUCAAAGUCGAAUCCUGCUUUCAUUGUAAUUUUUCUAAUGAAUAUAAAAUACUGAACCUAAAAUUA